UUAAGGUAUAUUCCGUGUUCAACGUCACUCUAAUUUAUUGAGGAAAAAUGAUAAAAGAUAAAAUCCUGAAAAAAUAAUAAUAAACAGAAAUGGAGGGGAGAUGAUCAUGUCGUAUAUUGAAAUUUCUUUAAGCAUAAUUUAAAUAAUUUGACUAAUUGAUUAAAAAGGGUUACAAUUUCUUGAGCAGACUAGCUACUUCAAUAUUGUAUGACGUGGUUAAGUACAUAGGUUUUAAACGACUGCUAAGAGAAAUUGUAAAUUAUUGUAAUAAAUCAAACAUGUUUGAAGUAUCAGAUGCUCAAAAGUUUGGAGUAGGCUUAGCAGGGUUUGGGAUUUCUUUCAUUUUUGUAGGAAUUCUUCUAUUUUUUGAUAGAAGCCUCUUAGCUUUGGGAAACUUUUUAUUCAUUGCUGGAUUAACAUGUGUCAUUGGACCUCAGAGGACCCUUAGAUUUUUUUUCCAACGUCAUAAAAUCAAAGGAGCUCUAUCUUUUUUUGCUGGAGUAACUCUUAUCUUGAUGCGAUGGGCAUUCAUUGGAAUGAUUUUGGAAAUUUAUGGAUUUUUCCUUUUAUUUAGCGGAUUUUUCCCAGUAGCAAUAAACUUCUUACGUAGAGUACCUAUACUAGGAACAUUUCUGAAUUUACCUGGAUUGAGUAUGAUUUUAGAUAAAUUAGCAGGAGAUGCAGGAAGAACAAGAGUAUGAAGUAAUACCAAUAUGAUUAUGGAUUGAAAAAAUAUUUGUGAAGUAUAUAAUAGGAAGAAAUAUUGUCGGAGGUAUUUUCUGGUGUAAGCUGAACCGUUCAAUGACUUGGAAAGAAUAAUUAGAACCAAUUUUUCACUGUUAAUAAUUUUUAUUUCAUUAAAGUAUUAAAUCCC